AUGGGACAAAAUAACUCUACCCCUCUCUCCCUCACUCUAGAUCACUGGAGGGACGUGAGAGCAAGGGCUCACAAUCUGUCCAUGGAAAUCAGAAAGGGAAAAUGGCGGACCUUUUGUUCCUCCGAGUGGCCCACGUUCGGUGUCGGGUGGCCGCCGGAAGGAACUUUUAAUGUCUCUGUCAUUUCCGCAGUUAAAAGGAUUGUCUUUCAGGAAAUCGGGGGACACCCGGACCAAGUUCCAUAUAUCGUGGUGUGGCAAGACCUCGCCCAGAGUCCCCCAUCAUGGAUGCCGCCCUCUGUCAAGGUCGCUGUCGUCUCCAGUCCAGAGAGGCCAUCCGCUCCUCCCCGACCCCCCAUCUACCCGGCAACAGACGACUCGCUCCUUCUCUCUGAGCCCCCGCCCUAUCCGGCAGCCCUGCCACCUCCCCUGGCCCCUCAGGCGGUCGGACCGGCGCCGGUCCAGGCGCCCGAUAUUUCCGAUCCUGAGGGACCAGCCGCGGGGACCAGGAGUCGCCGUGCCCGCAGUCCGGCAGACGACUCGGGUCCUGACUCCACUGUGAUUUUACCCCUCCGAGCCAUAGGACCCCCAGCCGAGCCCAACGGCCUAGUCCCUCUGCAAUAUUGGCCUUUCUCUUCAGCAGAUCUUUAUAAUUGGAAAUCUAAUCAUCCUUCUUUUUCUGAAAAUCCAGCAGGACUCACGGGGCUCCUUGAGUCUCUUAUGUUUUCUCAUCAGCCCACCUGGGACGAUUGCCAACAGCUCCUACAGAUUCUCUUCACCACGGAGGAACGAGAAAGGAUUCUCCUUGAGGCCCGCAAGAAUGUCCUGGGGGACAACGGGGCCCCUACUCAACUCGACAACCUCAUUAAUGAGGCCUUCCCCCUCAAUCGACCUCAGUGGGACUACAACACAGCCGCAGGUAGGGAGCGUCUCCUGGUCUACCGCCGGACUCUAGUGGCAGGUCUCAAAGGGGCAGCUCGGCGCCCCACCAAUUUGGCUAAGGUAAGAGAGGUCUUACAAGGACCGGCAGAACCCCCUUCGGUUUUCUUAGAACGCCUAAUGGAGGCCUAUAGGAGAUACACUCCGUUUGAGCCCUCUUCUGAGGGGCAGCAGGCUGCAGUUACCAUGGCCUUCAUCGGACAGUCAGCCCCAGAUAUUAGAAAAAAGUUACAGAGGCUAGAGGGGCUCCAAGAUUAUUCCUUGCAAGAUUUAGUGAGGGAGGCAGAAAAGGUGUACCACAAAAGGGAGACAGAAGAAGAAAGAGAAGAAAGAGAAAAAAAAGAGGCAGAAGAGAGAGAAAGGCGGCGCGAUAAGCGCCAAGAAAAAAACUUGACUAGGAUUUUGGCCGCAGUGGUAAGUGAAAAAGGUUUUAGAGAUAGGCAGACAGGGAAUCUGAGCAACCAGGCAAGAAAGACACCUAGGGAUAAAAGAUCUCCUCUGGACAAAGACCAGUGCGCAUACUGUAAAGAAAAGGGUCACUGGGCAAGAGAAUGUCCCCGAAAGAAAAACGUCAGAGAAGCCAAAGUUCUGUCCCUAGAUGACUAGGGGAGUCAAGGUUCGGACCCCCUCCCCGAACCCAGGAUAACGCUGACUGUGGAGGGGACUCCCAUUGAGUUCCUGGUCGAUACCGGGGCUGAACAUUCAGUUUUGACCCAACCCCUGGGAAGGGUAGGGUCCAGACGGACAGUCGUACAAGGAGCAACAGGGAGCAAAGUCUACCCCUGGACCACAAAGAGACUUUUAAAGGCUGGACAUAAACAGGUGACCCACUCCUUUCUGGUCAUACCCGAGUGCCCCGCCCCUUUGUUGGGUAGGGACCUCUUAACCAAACUAAAGGCCCAGAUCCAGUUUUCUGCUGAGGGCCCACAAGUAACAUGGGAAGACCGCCCUACACUGUGCCUGACCCUGAACCUAGAAGAAGAAUACCGGCUACAUGAAAAGCCAGGUCCCUCCUCUAUCGACCCAUCCUGGCUCCAACUUUUUCCCACUGUAUGGGCAGAGAGGGCAGGCAUGGGACUGGCCAAUCAAGUCCCACCAGUGGUAGUGGAACUAAGAUCAGGUGCCUCACCGGUGGCUGUUCGACAAUAUCCAAUGAGCAAGGAAGCCCGGGAAGGUAUCAGACCCCACAUCCAGAGGUUCUUAGACCUAGGGGUCCUGGUGCCCUGUCAAUCGCCCUGGAAUACCCCUCUACUACCUGUAAAAAAGCCAGGGACCAAUGACUAUCGGCCAGUCCAAGACCUGAGAGAAAUUAAUAAAAGGGUACAGGAUAUUCAUCCCACCGUCCCAAACCCUUACAGCCUUCUGAGUUCCCUUCCGCCCUGCCACACUUGGUAUUCAGUCUUAGAUCUCAAGGAUGCCUUUUUCUGCCUCAGGCUACACCCCAGCAGCCAGCCGCUAUUCGCGUUCGAGUGGAAAGACCCAGAAAAAGGUAACGCAGGUCAGUUGACCUGGACACGGCUGCCCCAAGGGUUCAAGAACUCUCCCACUCUCUUCGACGAGGCCCUCCACCGAGAUUUGGCCCCCUUUAGGGCCCUCAACCCUCAAGUAGUGCUACUCCAAUAUGUAGACGACCUCUUGGUGGCAGCCCCCACAUAUAGAGACUGCAAAGAAGGGACACAAAAGCUCCUACAGGAAUUGAGUAAAUUAGGGUACCGGGUAUCGGCUAAAAAGGCCCAGCUCUGCCAAAGAGAGGUCACCUAUCUGGGGUACCUACUCAAGGGGGGAAAAAGAUGGCUGACCCCGGCCCGAAAGGCUACUGUUAUGAAAAUCCCCGCUCCCACGACCCCCAGACAGGUCCGUGAAUUUCUGGGCACUGCAGGAUUCUGCAGGCUCUGGAUCCCUGGGUUUGCUUCCCUAGCUGCACCCCUGUAUCCCUUAACAAAGGAAAGCAUCCCUUUUACCUGGACUGAGGAACAUCAAAAAGCUUUUGACCACAUAAAAAAAGCCUUGCUGUCAGCCCCCGCUUUGGCCCUCCCAGACCUCACCAAACCAUUUACUCUAUACGUAGAUGAGAGAGCCAGUGUGGCCCGGGGAGUGCUUACUCAGACUUUAGGACCCUGGCGGCGGCCAGUAGCUUACCUAUCAAAAAAAUUGGAUCCGGUGGCUAGCGGGUGGCCAACCUGCCUGAAAGCGGUUGCAGCCGUGGCACUCCUUCUCAAGGACGCUGAUAAGUUAACCUUGGGACAGAAUGUGACUGUGAUUGCUCCCCAUAGCCUCGAAAGCAUUGUGCGGCAGCCCCCCGACCGGUGGAUGACCAAUGCCAGGAUGACUCAUUAUCAGAGCCUGCUGCUAAAUGAAAGGAUAUCGUUUGCACCCCCUGCCAUCCUGAACCCAGCUACCCUCCUACCAGUCGAAUCGGAAGCUACCCCAGUACACAGGUGCUCAGAGAUCCUCGCCGAAGAAACUGGAACUCGACGAGACCUGAAAGACCAGCCAUUGCCCGGGGUGCCAGCCUGGUAUACGGACGGUAGCAGUUUCAUCGCGGAGGGUAAGCAGAGAGCAGGGGCCGCCAUCGUAGAUGGCAAGCGGACGGUGUGGGCAAGCAGCCUGCCAGAAGGUACGUCAGCCCAGAAGGCCGAACUAGUGGCUUUGACGCAGGCAUUACGCCUGGCCGAAGGAAAAAACAUCAACAUCUACACCGACAGCAGGUAUGCUUUUGCCACUGCUCACAUUCAUGGGGCAAUAUAUAAACAGAGGGGGUUGCUCACUUCUGCGGGAAAAGACAUUAAAAACAAGAAAGAAAUUUUGGCCCUGCUAGAGGCCAUUCACCUCCCUAAGCGGGUCGCCAUUAUCCACUGCCCCGGCCACCAGAGGGGAAAUGACCCUGUGGCCACCGGGAACCGGAGGGCCGACGAGGCUGCAAAACAAGCCGCCCUGUCGACCAGAGUGCUGGCAGAAACUACAAAACCUCAAGAGCUAAUCGAACCCGCCCAGGUUAAGGCCGAGCCAAGAGAGCUCACCCCUGACCGGGGAAAAGAAUUUAUUCAGCGGUUGCAUCAGUUGACACACUUGGGACCAGAAAAGCUUCUCCAAUUAGUAAACCGCACCAGCCUCCUCAUCCCGAACCUCCAGUCUGUAGUUCGCGAGGUCACCAGUCGGUGUCAGGCUUGUGUCAUGACUAAUGCGGUCCCAACCUACCGAGAGAUCGGAAAGAGACAACGAGGAGAUCGACCCGGCGUAUACUGGGAGGUAGACUUCACAGAGGUAAAGCCUGGCCGGUAUGGAAACAGGUAUCUGCUGGUAUUCAUAGACACUUUUUCCGGAUGGGUAGAAGCUUUUCCUACCAAAACUGAAACGGCCCUGACCGUCUGCAAAAAGAUAUUAGAGGAAAUUCUACCCCGCUUCGGGAUCCCUAAGGUACUCGGGUCAGACAAUGGCCCAGCCUUUGUUGCUCAGAUAAGUCAGGGACUGGCCACUCAACUGGGGAUAAAUUGGAAGUUACACUGUGCGUAUAGACCCCAGAGCUCAGGUCAGGUAGAAAGAAUGAACAGGACAAUCAAAGAGACCUUAACCAAAUUAGCCUUAGAGACCGGUGGAAAAGACUGGGUGGCCCUCCUUCCCUUAGCGCUGCUCAGAGCCAGGAAUACCCCUGGCCAGUUUGGUCUAACUCCUUAUGAAAUUCUCUAUGGGGGACCACCCCCCAUACUCGAGUCUGGAGGGACAUUGGGUCCCGAUGAUAAUUUUCUCCCUGUCUUAUUUACUCAUUUAAAGGCUUUAGAAGUUGUGAGGACCCAGAUCUGGGACCAGAUCAAGGAGGUGUACAAGCCCGGUACCGUGACAAUCCCCCACCCGUUCCAGGCCGGAGACCGAGUGCUUAUCAGACGCCACCGACCCAGCAGCCUUGAGCCUCGGUGGAAAGGCCCGUACCUGGUGUUGCUGACCACCCCGACCGCAGUAAAAGUCGACGGUAUCGCUGCCUGGGUCCAUGCUUCUCACCUCAAGCCUGCACCACCCUCGGCACCAGAUGAGUCUUGGGAGCUGGAAAAGACUGAUCAUCCUCUUAAGCUGCGUUUUCGGCGGCGGCAGAACGGGUUGGAGUGAAAACCCUCACCAGCCUGUGACCCUCACCUGGCAGGUACUGUCCCAAACUGGGAACGUUGUCUGGAAGACAGAGAAAGUCCAGCCCCCUUGGACUUGGUGGCCCAUUCUUACACCUGAUGUAUGUGCCCUGGCGGCCGGUCUUGAGUCCUGGGAUAUCCCAGGAACCGAUGUAUCAACCUCUAAGAGAGUCAGACCCCCUGACUCAAACUAUGAAAAUGCUUAUAGACAGAUCACCUGGGGAGCCAUAGGAUGCAGCUACCCUAAGGCUAGGACCAGAAUGGCAAGUUCCACCUUCUACGUGUGUCCCCGGGAUGGCCGGUCCCUUUCAGAAGCUAGAAGGUGUGGAGGGUUAGAAUCCCUGUAUUGUAAAGAAUGGGGUUGUGAAACCACGGGGACUGUUUAUUGGCAACCUACGUCCUCCUGGGACCUCAUAACUGUAAAAUGGAAUAACACAGAGCGAUCAUGGGGUGCCCUACUGGCAACCUGUGAAAAAACCGGCUGGUGUAACCCCCUUAAAAUAAAUUUCACAGAACAAGGACGGCAAUCCAAAGAGUGGAUAAUAGGAAAAACCUGGGGAUUGGGAUUCUAUGUGUCUAGAUAUCCGGGCGUACAGUUGACCAUUCGGUUAGAGAUCACCAGCAAGCCAGCUGAGACAGUGGGCCCCAACUCCGUCCUUGCGAAACAAGGACCCCCUAACAAAAACCCCCCUUCCCCAACGAGGGAAGCGCCGCCCAUCUCUCAACCCUCGGCGGCUCCUAGCCAAGUCCCCACGGUACUGGAGGGAAGUGUUGUCCUGAACACCCUGUCUCCCACCACGGGCGACAGACUCUUUGGCCUUGUGAGGGGGGCCUUCCUAGCCUUAAAUGCCACCGACCCAGACGCCACGAAGUCUUGCUGGCUCUGUUUGGCCUUGGGUCCCCCUUAUUAUGAAGGAGUUGCCUCCUUAGGAGGGGCCUUCACUUAUACCUCCAACUAUACCCAGUGCCGCUGGGAGAGCCAAGGAAAGCUUACCCUCACUGAGGUCUCAGGACACGGGUCGUGCAUAGGAAAGGUGCCCUCUACCCAUCAGCAUCUUUGCAACCAGACCCUACCCAUCAACUCCUCCACGGAACAUCAGUACCUGCUCCCCACCAACCAUAGCUGGUGGGCCUGCAGCACCGGCCUCACCCCCUGCCUCUCCACCUCAGUUUUUAAUCAGUCUAAAGAUUUCUGUAUCCUGAUCCAGCUGGUCCCUCGCAUCUAUUACCAUUCUGAAGAAACUUUGUUGCAGGCCUAUGA